AUGCCAUCCAACGAGCAUGCUAUGCUGUCAGCCGAUCAAGAAGCGCUCGCAGCCGCAGCCGCAGCCGCAGCCGCCACCACGCAAAUCCUCUCGCAAGAAUUGAUGAGCGGCUAUGAGCCUUUAGAGCAGCAGCAGCAGCAGCAGCAGCAGCAGCACGCGCGCACACACACCUUGGGUGCCAUGGAUCACGUCGCUCUUCAUUGGCUUCCCAUCUCCGUCUUGUUGGUGUACAAGCACCCGCCCCAACACCAACACCAACACCAACACCAACACGGCUCAUCGCUCGCAUCCCCACCACCGCCACCACCACCACCACCGCCACCGCGUCUGCCCCUCGACUUCCAAACCCUCCGCACUGCGCUCGCCAAGCUGGUCCAUCACUACCCGCAUAUCGGUGGCAGAUUGCACAUGACAAGUGACAGGGCGCCCUGCAUUGCCGAUCUCGACGCUGGCGUGGAGCUGAGGCAGGCGAGCUGCACCUUUUCGCUUUACGGCCAUGCUCACGCUCAUGCUCACACCGAAGGACAAACGCAAGCCCAAGCGCAAGCCCAAGCCCAAGCCCAAGCGCGUCCGCGCUCCGUUCACGACCUGCCGCAAUCAGGCGCGCCUUUUGUGCGACCAGCAGCAGCAGCAGCAGCAGCACAAAGCGACAGCCUGGAAAGCCAUGCCGCAGCAGCGGCAGCGGAGCCGCUGUUCUCUGUGCAGCACACCCGAUUGGCUUGCGGCAGCGUCAUCCUCGGCAUUCAAGCUCGUCACAUUCUCUGCGAUGCGCGCGGCUUUUUCCAUUUGGUGCGCAACCUCGCUCAUCUUUACAGGCGAUUGCGCACCUCCAAGCCAGCCGCGCAUCACCUCGUUCACCUCGAUGCAGCACAACUGCUCCACUGCCAGUCAUACUCCCACGUCCCGCCAUCGCCGCCUCUUGACUUUGAGCCGAGCAUGUACAGCUUGAGCCAAACGAGAGAGGCAGACGCAGGCGCAGGCGCAGGCGCGGUGCCACAUUCAGAAGAAGCUCCCACACCCCGCGUGAUUGGCCGAGUGCUGCGCGUCUCGGCGGUCCAGAUGGCGCGGAACAAGCUGCAAGCGCAAGCACAAGCAUCAUCAGCACCCGAUGGAUCGUGGGUCACAACCUUUGAAGCGCUCUCGGCUCAUCUCUGGCAGCGCAUCUACGCCGCUCGCCUUGCUGCUGCGAGUGAUCAAGGAGCUGCUGCAACUCCAGUGUCCACCGCCUACAUGUCGCCCGCAGAUUGGAGCGGGCAAGCGAGGCUCAACCUUUCUCCCAACUACUUUCCCAACUGCAUCUUCAACACCACCUUUCACGCCCCGCCAGAACUCUUGCAGCAGACGAACAGCAUCGCCCCGCUGGCUCGCUACAUACACGUCGAAUCGCGCAAGCUGACCGUCGAAGGGGCACGCAACACGCUUUCUUGGAUGCAGCGUCAGCCAGACAAAUCCCUCAUCGAGAUGAAGCCGCCGUUCGAAAGGGGAAUGUUUGUCAUCACUGCUUGGCACAAACUCGCUUGUUAUCGAGAUGUGCACUUUGAUGAGCUUCCGUUGCCCGCAAAGGAGGAGUAUGUGGUCGAGCAAGGCUUUCAUCAUCAUCAUCAUCAUCAUCAUCAUCAUCAUCAUCAUCAUCAUCAUCAUCAUCAUCAUCAUCAUCAUCAUCAUCAUCAUCAUCAUCAUCAUCAUCAUCAUCAUCAUUACCUCGUUGCGCCUCCCAUCACGCCCACCUCUCUCGUCGAUGGGUUGAUAUAUGCGCUACCUGCGCCGCCGCCCCAUCAGGACUCUGCGGUGCACCUCUGCAUCGCUUUGAGCCAGCCCGUCUGGCAUCAUCUCGAUCGGGACGCUGUGUUCCUUGCGCUUGCGGACGCGUGCGCGUAG